UCAAAUCAUCGGAAAUCCUCGUCUUCAACGAAAUGCCAUCGAUAUUACCCGCGCGCGGAGUCGGCGAUUUCCUUCACUCCAUGUGUUGAUCAUUGUGCACCCCUCUGCUGCAAGCGCUCUACGUCGUUUUUCGAUCCCAGGUGGGAGCGGACCUGGACCUAAGGCUGGGCAAGGGGCGCAUUGGCGCGCUUUACCAUUUGCUGCUAGUGCCUUUUGGCCAUUUCUCGUGCUGUUGGCGUGGUUUAUAAUACGUGCAGCUUGCCGCGUGCAAGCAGGAGGGGUGUUGUGGGAAGCUUCUCUUAUCUUUAUCCAUUUGUUGGUGCACAUACGUUCAGCUUCCUACAUGCAAGGAGAAGGGGUGUCGUGAGGGGGCAUCUCUCUCUCACUCACCUUCCUCCCAUUCGUUGUCUGCUGCCCUGCCGUGAUGAUGAAUAUCAAAUCGACGGCUCCUGGGGGCCCUCUGGCACACCUGCAAAGGAGGUUGAAUGAUUGUUCCAGGCCUCAGACCCAUCAAGACUUCGAAGAUUGGCUUUAUCCCAUCCAAAAGGUCUUCGAUGACGCUUUGUUGCAUGGACAGCUGGCCCUAGAGGAACUGGCCUUACCUGUGCAGAAGAGUCUCAACGAAUUCAAGAAGAAAACUCAGAAUGCCUGGGGGAACCUGACUGGCAUUUUUGAGCGGGAGGAUGGUGAGAGAUCGAGAUGCCCACGAUGCAAGGGUUCAGGCCUCCUCCAGAAAGAAUCUCCGCUUGGAUGGAAUAGUCCGCUGCUAAGUGGGGGUGAACCAUGCUGGUUUUGCGAAGGUAUUGGUGUUAUGCCGAUUGUAGAUCUCAGCGGUUACCUGGUGGCAAGAUCACCAACACGCUUCCGAACUCGGGACCCCCCACCAAAGUCGCCACGAAGGGAUGUGGACGUGCGGUUGCAUUUGGGAAAGUUCCCGGGCUCUCGGUGUAAAUUGCGGACUCUGCGUGUUGCUGGGGGUAUAAAGCAACUUCUGUUUGAUCCUUUGCGUGUUCCACGAUGGCUGCUGGAAGCUGAUCCAGAUGCUGCACCCCAUUGGCGCGCAUCCCCGCCCAUAGUUCGCAAGCUGGCAGCUCCGGAAUGGCGCAGGCUGUGGCCAUCUGCGGGUUCAGGCUCACGAACAUCAACAGGAAGCUCUACUCCAGUGUCAACGCGUGGAGCUGGGAGUGCUGGUAGUACCCAGAGUCGGCAUCCGCAAUCACAACAGGCAUUGUCUUCAAGAGGAGGAACCCCUGCUGGCGGUAGUGGUGGAGCUACUUCAGGUUCGCAACAACAGAAAAGGAGGACACCCGUUAGAACUCCGUCGCCCAGAAGAUGCUUACCCCCUUGUACACCAAAAGGGGAGGAAGUUGCUACCCCCCGAACUCUUUCCCAUCCACAAAGACCAUGUCAACCCUCUGCGUGUACUCCCAGCCGUAUCCGCACUCGACCACCUGCAGUGAAUUGCUUUACGAGUGGCGGAAUCCAGAGCAACAUUGUGGGGCCCUCUUCCCCUACCUACAGUGGCACGCCUGGACCGCUCACCCACUGUGUGCGUCCGGAGCGCAUGGGUCGAAGUAGCUAUGGCCGUGUGGCACCUGCUUGUAGUAGCGAUUCUGAGGAUCCGGAGGGUUUGGAUUUUCUCUCGGAAGGGGGGGGAUGGUCCCCGCGUGGACCCUCGUCACCUCGGACACCGACCAGCCGUGGUGGACGUACACCAAGGCGUGAAAGGAACAGAAUACGGGAGAAGGCAGAAAGAGAUGCAAUUGAAAGGGCCAAGCGGAUCACGUCCAGGCUGGUUGUGACUCCUGUACAAAGGCAAAUGGAUGAGCAGUUAGGAAGUGACCUUGUCAUCGAAAUCGGUGAUGGGCGUGGAGCUGGGCUUGCUGGGGAGGGUUCAGUGGGUUCAUUGCAUGUCAAUGAUGGUGGUAAAGAGGGCUUGGCCAGAUCUCAAAGCGGGAAUAGUAGGGGCUCCCCCAUGGUGGAUUCUUCUUUGAAAGGAACAACAACGACAACAACAACAACAACAACAACAACAACAACAACAACAACAACAGGAGGAGGAGGUUUGCAGUCUACACCCUCAGAGGAACCUAGUUUUGAAAGGGAGAAGUCUCACAUGAAUCUGUUGAGAAGACGGGGUGGGGAUAAGGUUGCUGUUUUGAAAAAGGCUGGCUUGUUUGGUCUGGAGAAGUUGCUUCAACCACUGUUCAAACCAUUGUUAAACUCAACUAACAUACGGCAGAACGUAGGGGUCCCCGCCCUACGGUCCUUGGUAGGCGCAACUGCCGUCAUUGGGCCGGUGCGCAAACUGCCCAGCAAUAUCAUGAGCAGUGAUUCUCUUCCAGUUGUGUCUGUGGGUGCAAAGGGUGUAAGCAGGGAGAUAGGGAUUGAUGGUAUGGUGAAUGUGGCAGCUGCAUCGAGCACUGCUGCAAGCGAUUCUUUCCCAGUUGUAUCUGUAGGGAUGAAGGGUGUAGGCAAGGAGGAAGGGGCUGAUGGGAAAGUGACUAUGACAAGUGUAUCAAGCAACAUGUCAAAGGCACAAGUCAAUAGGUAGGUACGGAAAAGUGGUGUUGCAGUUGCACUUGGUCACCCACGUGCAGCCUUUUCCGCUAUUUGUUUUCUUUGUCUGCUGACUCUUUUGCCCCUUUUGUUC